CCCACAGCUUGGGUGGUGUCCGCGUCUGAUUGAGCCUUCAGCCUUGUCCCGGCCUUGACGUCUUGCGUUUCUCGCCGGCCAAAAAUAAAACAUAGGACAAGAAACAAAAGAAAAAAAAAUACGCGACAGCAAGGGAUAAUCCACCGAAUCGCACCGUCUCAACCCUGCAACUGGCGCUUUCAUCCCCCGCAGCGAAACAGGCGGAGCGAACCAGAAGCCACCGUCGAACACGAGACCUCGUCCCGCGCGACAAUCAAGCCCGACACACCACACCCAUCCACACACACACAAUAACGCCCACACGCGCACAACCACAGACGCCAUGUCGACGGCCACAUCGGGUGGGCUGACCCGGCGCAGAGGAGGUGGAGGCGGCGGCGGUGGAGGGGCCGGCGGCGACGGCGAGAGCAGCAACGCCAUGGACCGCUCCAACUCGUCAACCGACGUCCGCAAGGACACCGCCCCCGAGACCAGCUACGAGUCGGGCGAGAACGGCCACAAGAUCGCCUUCGACCCGCGCGACAUCAGCGAGAGCGCCGAGAGGAGCAAGCAGCCGAAGCUGACCCUGAUGGAGGAGGUCCUGCUGCUGGGCCUGAAAGACAAGCAGGGCUACCUAUCCUUCUGGAACGACAACAUCUCGUACGCCCUCCGCGGCUGCAUAGUCAUCGAGCUGGCCUUCCGCGGCCGCAUCAGCAUGCAGAAGGACCCGGCCAGGAGGCGAUUCCCCCUGGCAGAUCGCGUCGUCGAGGUCGUCGACGACACCCUAACGGGCGAGGUGCUGCUGGACGAGGCCCUGAAGUUGAUGAAGUCGAGCGAGAAGAUGAGCGUCAGCGCCUGGAUUGACCUCCUGAGCGGCGAGACUUGGAACCUGAUGAAGAUCGGGUACCAGCUCAAGCAGGUGCGCGAGAGGCUGGCCAAGGGCCUGGUGGACAAGGGCAUCCUGCGGACCGAGAAGCGCAACUUCCUCCUCUUCGACAUGGCGACGCACCCCGUCGUGGACAACGGCGCCAAGGAGGAGAUCCGGCGCCGCGUCCGUAACGUGCUCACGCAGCGCACCGUCGUCCUCCCCCACUCGCAGUUCCUGCCCGAGAACCUCGAGUGGCGCUACGCCCGCACCAUCGCCCUCGUCUGCGCGGCCUACGCCGCCAACGUGCUCGAGAACGCCCUCAGCACCCUCGGCCACGAGGCCCGCGAGCGUGCCUUUGCCCAGACCGACGAGCUGCUCGCCGAGUACAGCCAGUGGCCCUUUGGCAAGAAGGCCACCGCCAUCGGCGCCAACAUCCCACAGGUUAUUCAGGAGGAGAUUUCCAAGGGCAAGGAUAAGGAGCUCCAGCUCGAAGUCGUCGCCGCAUGCCUCAGCGUCUUCACCCGCCUCGACUCCCUCCUAUAAAUUCGACGCCGUUUCAAUUCCUUUCCUGCCCCGCGCGCAGCCCUACAUCCUGGUCCCCCGAUCACCAUUCACAUAAACCGCAUACCAGCCGACCACAGCCUGGAUUCCCGACCCCCCACCGGAUGGCAGCUCAGAACCUCGCACAAGGUUUGCCAGACUUUCCCCAUCGAGCAGCAGCCAGCUACCAUUUCUUCUUUCUUUAUUUUGUAAAUCCCGCCAUUGCGAAGGGGAUGUAACAACAAAACGAGGGUGGCAGAAGUGUCGGGAACGUACUCCACAAAAAGGAAACGGACACGUGGGCUCUGGGUCUGUGUCGCGGUCGAAGGUUCAUGUGGUGCGGGUUCUCAUGGGUUUUCCAUCUUUUUAUUCUCCCUUCCCCUUCCAUGACACUGCCGGGAGAGUUUAUGCGCUGGGAAAAAUGAGCCUUUUGUUUUCCUUCCCUAGUCAUCUAAUCACGUUGGUUACCGAAAUAUGCGGUUGAAAGAUUUCUAGCCCAUACAUACCAGUCCAAACGUCUACGAUAUUGUUUGGCACGAGCCGUUGGCUGGGUUGCUUUCAUUUUUAAUGACUUAUUAUUUUCCAUGUCCGUUGUAAAUGCUGAAACACCACACCGUCACC